AAGCUAUCUGUUUACAACAUAUUGGAUCUUUUGGAUACUGGAUUGCCUUCUUUAUUUAGAGAGCAGUUAAAAAAUGGUGUGGUGUGAAAACAGUUGACGCUGGUAGUACAGGAGUGGUGGAUUGUCUGGGGUCUGCUCGGUCACUGCCGCUAUGGCAGAGGUCACCAGUGGUAGUAUGACAUCCCGACAGGGUCCCUACUUAAGCAUGGUUACAAACCGCACAACUAAUCUGCUGAUCCGGGGGGCCAUGCUGUUCGGCGUGGGUGUGUUCCUAGCUCUGGUGCUAAACCUGCUGCAGGUGCAGCGUAAUGUCACUCUCUUCCCUCCUGAUGUCAUCAGUAGCAUCUUUUCUUCAGCGUGGUGGGUACCACCCUGCUGUGGAACAGCAUCAGCUCUGAUAGGGCUGCUGUAUCCCUGUAUAGACAAGCGUUUUGGGGAGCCCCAUAAGCUGAAGCGCGAGUGGUCCAGUGUGAUGCGCUGUGUGGCAGUCUUUGUUGGCAUUAAUCACGCCAGCGCUAAAGUGGACUUUGCAAAUAAUGUGCAGCUGUCUCUGACCCUGGCUGCACUCUCAGUGGGGUUGUGGUGGACAUUUGACAGGUCACGCAGUGGCUUCGGCCUGGGAGUUGCCAUUGCAUUUCUCGCGACCCUCACUACACAGCUACUGGUGUACAAUGGAGUGUUUCAGUAUACGUCUCCUGACUUCCUGUACAUACGAUCCUGGCUGCCUUGCAUCUUCUUUGCUGGUGUGAUAACUAUGGGAAAUAUAGGACGACAACUUGCUCUUUAUGAGUGUAAAGUUGUACAAGAAAAGAUUCAUCAGGACUAAAACAUCUUAUACCAUGGAUGCAAAAAUGAGGGAACCUGAAUUCACUUUUACAGUUAAAGAGGUGCUCUCUUAUAGCAAGGACGAGCGUUGUCUGCGUUUAUAGGGCAGGACAGUUUGGAGCUUGGUGCAUUCUCAUUGGCUGCCAGUACAGCCUCUCUGAAA